AGCUCGGCCGUCUACGGUCUACGAACACUGGACUGUUUUCCCAGUCGGCUCCGACCACCUUCCAGCAGUGACAUGGCACAGAGGCGGUGAGCUGUCAGCAGCAGCAUCCUGCACCAUGGACGCUCUCCGACAGUCGAAGCGGAGCGGAGCCUUCGCCGCACUGGACACCCUGAUGCCCGUGUGGAUCUUACUGAGCGCGGUGUCAGGACUGAAGGCGGAGGACGGCGCGAUGGAAGAACUUACCACCGAGAAGGAGGCUGAGGAAAGUCACCGACAAGACAGCGUUAAUUUACUGACAUUCAUUUUACUGCUGACCUUAACGAUUCUCACCAUAUGGCUCUUUAAGCACAGACGGGUCCGUUUCCUUCACGAAACCGGACUGGCGAUGAUUUACGGUUUGCUGGUAGGUGUGAUUCUGCGGUACGGCAUCCCCGCCACCAGCUACCACAACAAGACACCCCCGAGCUGUUUGCUGAAGGAAGGACCUGUCAGCACCUUGCUGCUUAAUGUCAGCGGCAAGUUCUUUGAGUACACCCUCAAAGGCGAAAUCAACUCCAGAGAGAUUCACAAUGUGGAGCAGAAUGAUAUGCUGCGCAAGGUGACAUUUGACCCUGAAGUAUUCUUCAACAUAUUGCUGCCUCCAAUUAUUUUCCAUGCUGGAUACAGUCUAAAGAAGAGACACUUCUUCAGGAAUCUGGGCUCCAUCAUAACCUAUGCCUUUCUUGGGACUGCCAUCUCAUGUUUCGUCAUUGGGAACCUGAUGUACGGGGUGGUCAAACUGAUGCAAGUGGUCGGACAGCUAACUGACAAGUUCUACUACACCGACUGCCUUUUCUUUGGUGCCAUCAUCUCGGCCACGGAUCCAGUGACGGUGUUGGCCAUAUUCAAUGAGCUCCACGCAGAUGGGGAUCUGUACGCUCUGCUGUUUGGAGAAAGUGUUAUGAAUGACGCAGUGGCCAUUGUGCUUUCCUCGUCUAUUGUGGCCUACCAGCCCAGUGGAGCAAACACGCACAUGUUUGAUGCCUCAGCCUUCUUCAAGUCUGUGGGGGUUUUCCUGGGUAUUUUCAGCGGCUCCUUUGUGAUGGGUGCAGCCACAGGAGUCGUCACCGCUCUCGUCACCAAGUUCACCAAGCUGCACUGUUUCCCGUUGCUGGAGACGGCCCUCUUCUUCCUCAUGUCUUGGAGCACCUUCCUGCUAGCCGAAGCCUGCGGCUUCACAGGCGUUGUGGCUGUGCUGUUCUGUGGCAUCACGCAGGCUCACUACACCUACAACAACCUCUCUGCGGAGUCCACAAAGCGCACCAAGCAGCUCUUUGAGGUCCUUCACUUCCUGGCUGAGAACUUCAUCUUCUCCUACAUGGGCUUGGCUCUGUUCACCUUCCAGAAUCACAUUUUCAGCCCUAUUUUCAUCAUAGGGGCUUUUCUUGCCAUAUUCAUUGGAAGAGCUUUCAACAUUUACCCCCUGUCCUUCCUUCUCAACCUCGGCAGAAGGCACAAGAUCAAAGGAAACUUCCAGCAUAUGAUGAUGUUUGCAGGUCUGCGUGGAGCGAUGGCGUUCGCUUUGGCCAUCCGGGACACGGCCACCUACGCCCGCCAGAUGAUGUUCACCACCACGCUGCUCAUUGUCUUCUUCACUGUCUGGGUGUUUGGCGGUGGGACGACACCCAUGCUGUCCUGGCUACAUAUCAGUGUUGGUGUUGACCCGGAUCAAGACCCAGGGCCAUGUGGAGACAGCUUCCAGGUCUUACAGGGGGAUGGCCCCCAGGCUGAAGGACAAAGUAAAACCAAACAGGAGAGUGCGUGGCUCUUCAGACUUUGGUACACCUUUGAUCAUAAUUACCUGAAGCCCAUUCUGACACACAGCGGCCCGCCUCUCACCUCCACUCUGCCCGCCUACUGUGGGCCCCUGGCGAGCUGUCUGACCAGCCCCCAGGCAUAUGAGAACCACGAGCGGCUGAGGGACCAGGACUCUGACCUCCGUAACGACAGCGACCUGACGUUCACCUUCGGCGACACUGCCAUCACAGCCAACGGGGCGACGGGCGCCGACGCAGCCGGAGGCUCAGGCUGGAGCGCCAACGGCAAAAGGAGCGGCAGCACCUCAGAGGAGGCGCUGGAGCGCGAGCUGGACUCCCGCGAGCAGGAGCUGCUGAGCCGCGGCACGCGCCUGGUUUUCCCCAUCGAGGAUCACAUCUGACCCCCGCCCUCCUUUUGCCUGCACCGCCAACCUUCCUGACCUGACCCCCAGACCGCCUCGCCCCACAGCCCCCAACACAUCUUGCGGGCAGAACGUCCAGUCCUUCAGACAUAAAACCGAGAGGAGAUGUGGGAGUAGACAAGAGGGGGAGGUUUUCCUCCAGGACCGGGAGCAGAGCUCAACGAGCAUUUCAUCCUCAUUACAGAGCUGGAGUUUUUUUUUUCUUCUUCUUCUUGAGAAGACACGUGUCCUCUAGAGCGUCAGGAGAAUUUUACUGAUGGUUUCCGAAACUUGAGGGACACCUUUUAUGCAACAUGUGAGGACAACAUAAAAUAUCCAAAUGCCAGAUUCAGUCUGAAGAUGUUUAGCUGGAGUGGAAAGAAGAAUAGAAAAAAGGGCCUGGCAGCCCUCCCUUGCUCAUCAUGUGAUCUGAUCAGUUUCAGAGUACACCGCUGAGAAAAUGCUAAGUGGCUCCUCCACAAUCACAGCCCAUUUACAUGUAGAUGCAGAAAUGAGGCCACACUAACCAAACUCCAAUAGUUUAUCGAUCAGAGUUCUCUGGCAUAUCUGUACCAUUCAGCUGAAGCUGCUUACAGACCAGUGGUUGGGAUGUUUGUGAAGAUGUCCUUUGUUUCACACAAACGCAUCUGUGUGGAGGAGACUGAGGCAUGUGAGAGAGUGGGGCAGUGAACGCGUCCCCCCCCCCCCAGCCUACACAGCCUGUCGAGAAUGUGAGCAUGUAAAUAGCUACAAUGCAGAGCUUUAUUCCUCUCUAGCGGGACCGCUUCUUUCAGUGCAUUACAUCUUGUGACUGUUACAAAUGUGUAUCAAGUCUUUGAACUGGAUCUUUAUCUGUGUGCUGGGCUGGUUUUCAUAACCAUAACAUGAACGAGGACUGGAAGGGUUGCGAUUCUAAUUGUAUUGUUUCUUGUGAGAUAAUGCUGGUUUCCUAAAACCGAUGUUCCCUCUGAGCAUUUUCAACACUGAAAUAAAGAGCAGGUCUUCAUCAUAAUUUGGAACGCUUUGCAAAGAUUUUAUAUCUCCUACUAAUUUUGAAAAUAUUUAAAAUGAUCAGAUGCAUCCCUUUUAUUAGUAGGUAUUUUCAGUAUCAAUAAAUCCGUUGAGGAUUUUCUCCAUAAUCGAUUAGUUGUUUUCCUAGAGGGGCAGGGUUGGGGGACAGGGGAUGUUUAGGGCCUAAUGGCAGGUCAACAGUAGAGUCCACAUAGAAGUGGUACACAGCGUCUGAAAGGGGGGGGCCUGACAAUUGAUUUGACAUGGGGCUCAGAACUGUGUCAAGUAUUUCUAGUUAUAAACCAGAUAUGAAUUAAUUCAUUAACUGUGAAAGUGUAUAAGAGCUUAGUAGAGUUUAUGAAGGCUCACUUAUGUAUCUCAAGUUGUUGCAGCAGAUUUGAGUUGAUAAUUAUUUUUUAUACAGAGUGGGUGCACAAUUUAACCAUUUUGUACCACUCAAAGUAUUGAUUAAAAAGUAUCAGAAAUCCCUCAAAUACCACAUUAGGACACAAAGACCUUGAGGAACACCAUAG